UAGUAAAAAUCAUGAAGACCUUUGGUGCUGUUCUCGCUCUGCUGCUUGCCACCUCGGCCUCUGCGUAUGAAGAGUCCCACCUCAAAGUCCGUUCUAACAAGGCGGUGAGCGCGAACCACGUCGAGGAGCGCGUGGUGAACCAGGAGGCGCUGGCCAAGAAGCAAGAUAUGUUCUACCGCAUGACGAACAUGAAAUCCACGCCGUGGGACGCGCAGCCCGAGGAGCGCGCGGCCAAGUGUGCGGACUUGUGUAUGCUCAACGACUUCUGGGAGUUCCAGCAGGGGCGCAACUGCCUCAACCGCCCCACGAGCCUCUGCUCCGUUUACAAGAACGGUCUCUCGUCCAUGGACGUAGUGCUCACUGUGGCUGAAUGCACCUGCAACAGCACGAGCGCCUCCUACUCCGACGACGGCAGCGCCUAAGCCGAGAAGGAGAGAGGCUAGUGUGCAGCACUGAUCCAGUUGCUUCGAGCUGUUGCUUCGUUCAGUUUCACACUGUUUGUACAUGAUAAUACAUGAAAUCUUUGGUACAAAUUC